AUCUAAACAUAGCAUUCCAAACGUUUGUAGGUACAAGUAGGAAAAUCUAUUCAACAUAUAACACACGUAUCUACGUUGGAUUAUUUAUAAUGGUGACUAUCUAUGUAUAUAGUUGUGAAGUGCAUACGUGAACAGUGAAAAUUAUUAUCAUCGUAGGUACCUAUUAUACGUGUAUAAUUUCUCAAGGCCACCAGGAUUAUUGCGAUAUUUUAAUUCUGACAACAUAGCACACGCACAUCUUUUUAGUCUAUCAAAAGACUUCCAAUGUUUACCAGGACAAAACGAUUUAUUACCAUAGCUGAUUGUAUUUAACAUGGCCAUAGAAUUUCAUAUUUAAUUUAAUUAAAAGUGAAACAAUAUACAUUUUUAUUAUUUUUUCAAGAUUUUUAAAUUUCUUUUUUUAUUUAAUUUAAAAUUAAAAACAUGGUUUAUAUAAAAGUAAAUAAACAGCUGUUACCUUUAAAAAUGUGCUACUUCUUCAUAUUUGCAUGUAUAGGACCUAUAAUUGGAUUUUUGCCUACAAUAGCGAGACAAUUAGGAUACUCAUUAACGACUUACGGUGUGACUAUGACGUUCAUGUCGGUGGUAUCGACAAUUUCUGUACCUUUGUCUGGUGUCAUUGUCGACAAAUUUCGAAUAAAAAAGAUAUUAUUUUUAAUAACCAUAUUUGGACUAGGAAUGGUUUCAUUAUUGUUCUUGUUCGUGCCGAAAGUACCUUUAGACGUGGACACAACUGAAUUAAAAUGCGACGCAGAAACUAUUUUCACCGUUUUCAACGAGAAUAAUCUACAAAUAACGAAUAAUAACACUUAUUUUACUAUUGAAAGCUAUAAUAAUAGUAAUGAAAUAAUAACGUGUAAGUUAAAAUGUCGAUAUGCAGAGUUGUGUAGUGAUUAUGAAAUAGUUAAUUUAAAAAAUCAAUCUGAUUUGAGCGAUUCAUGGAUAAGUACAAUUAACGAUAUUAAAAAUCAAAAUAAAUACAACCAAAUUGAAUUGACAUUAAAAUUAAAGAACAUGGAAAAAAAUAUGGAAAAAAUUGCAAAUUCAUACGUGUUUCAAGUAUUAUCUGUUCAAAUAAAUGAUACGCAACUACUUUCGCCGACCUGUCAAUGCCAUUUUAAAACAUUUUGUCAUAUUAUGAACUGUUCAAAUAAUAGAAUAACGGAUAUAGCUACUGUCACGACAUACAGAGGAAACGUUCUUAAUUUGUAUCAAUUUUGGAUUUUUUUCAUACUUGUGGCGACAUAUUGGGCAUGUCUUACGACUUCAACUUCAUUAAUUAAUCCUAUUUGUCUCGAAACUUUGGGAGAAAAAUCUUCGGAGGAUUUUGGAAAACAAAAAUGUUGGGCGUCAAUUGGUUGGGGAAGUUUUUCUAUAUUUGUAGGGUGGCUUGUGGAUAUAUUUAGUAUUAAUAAAAAAGAUAAAGAUUAUUCGCCAGUAUUUUAUUCGAGUAUUAUAAUCUCAAUUUUUAAUUUUGGAGUAGCAAAUAAAAUUAAAGCUACCGAAACGAAUAAAUCUGAAGGUAGAUGGAAAAAUAUGUACGGCCUGUUUACUAAAUAUUACAUGAUUUUCUUUUGCAUAUGGACAAUAUUCAACUCCCUCUUACAUACAAUUGUAACUCAUUUUCUAUUCUGGUACAUGGAAGAUUUAGUUUCUGCUAACAAUGACCACAGCCAACGGGCAUGGAUAAAAUCGCUCCAAGGUCUAGCUCAAGGUAUCCAGUGUUUCGGCGGUGAAAUUCCAUUUUUUUUCUGGUCUGGUUGGAUAAUUAGAAAAAUGGGUUAUGGCAACUGCAUGGCUCUAGUGCUAGGAGCUAUGGCUCUCAGAUUGUAUCUCUACACAGUCAUAUGGAAUCCAAUCUGGAUUAUUGCAAUAGAAUUAUUGAAUGGAGUAUCGUACGCAUUAGGAUUCUCAGUGAAAAUGUCCUAUGCAAAAAUGUUGGCACCUGCCGACACACUAAACACCAUUAUUGGGUUUAUAGGAUUGUUCGAAUGCAUAGGUGAAUCUAUAGGUAGUCUACUGGGUGGAUAUUUAUUUGAUACAUAUGGUGGAGUCUGGUCGUUUCGAUUUUUCGCAGUAAUGUCUAUUUGCAUGUGUUUUAUAGUUAUAGUAACCAACUAUUUUGGAUUAACAAAGGAAUCUAUUACUUCAAAAACUAUCAAUGAAUCGAUGAAUAUGAAUUUUAAAAUUACCAAUAAUGAAGUAGAUAAAAAAAUAUGAUUUUUUUUUUUUAAAUUAGUUGGUAAAUGUUUUUUAAAUGUCAUACUUAAUUAGUUAAGUGUAGUGUAGCACAGAGAUUCACCGCGAAUCGUUGGUUUAUCACUAUUUACUCAUCUAAAUUUAAAUGCUUAUAGUAUGUUAAAAUAUAUAACUAUGUAUACUAUGUAUACUAUAUAUAUUAUAUAAUUUAAUAAUUUAUAACUACGCGUUCAGAAUUCGAUUUACGUAUAUUAAAAUAUAUUUUAAAAUUAUUAUUUUAUUUUAGCAUUUGAAAACAAAUAAUUAUUACUAAUUUAACAUAACUUAACCUUAAU